UACGUUGGAUUCAUUGUCUUCUUCACUGUACGCGAGUUUAAGAAUUGGCGAAACCAGGGCUCCAGUUAUUUUGGCAGCUAUUGGAACUGGGCCGAGGUGAUCAUGAUCUGCCUGUCGUACGCGGCCAUGGUGCUUUACGUGUACCGCAUUGUACUCACCCAAGAGAUACUGAAGGUGUUUAACACCACACACGGCAACGGAUACGUGAAGUUGCAAUACGUGACCACAAUUGACGAGAUGUUUGGUUAUAUCAUCGCUUUCACUACAUUCGUGGCGAUCUUGAAGUUCAUCCGCAUCUUGCGUUUCAACAAACGUAUGGGUAUUCUGUACUCAACGCUCGCCCAGUGCUCGAAGGACUUGAAGUCCUUCUGCAUUGUCUUCUGUACCGUAUUCUUCGCUUUCGUCCAAAUGUUUUACCUCUUGUUUGGACUACAAAUGAGUGAUUUCUCGUCGUUUGUCAACUCGGCUGAAACCACGUUUGGUAUGGUUACAGGAAAGUUUGAUUUCGAUGCCAUAUGUCGGGCCAGCCCUCUAUUAGGUCCGCUGGCAUUCUUCAUGUUUGUAUUUGUAGCGGCGAUCGUAUUGAUCAACAUAUUCCUCACGCUUAUCAUCAGCGCCUUCGAGACCGUCAAACACGACGUUAUGAAACAGAAUAACGACUACGAGAUCAUGGAUUUCAUGGCGAAGAAGGUUAAGGGUAUGUUCGGAUUGGCCAACGCUUCGGCCGACCCGACGGCCGGCGACGGAACCGAGGACUCGAUCAACUCGAUUGAGGAACAGUUAACGCUAUUUCCGGAGAAAAUCGACCGACUCUUGCAUUAUAUCAAUGAUAUGUAUUUCGACGGCAAACUCGAUGUGAACAACAGUAAGAGCGCUGUCGGCCGACGAUUGGCGCUCAACGCCAAUAGGGCUCGAGUAAUGCCGGCCACU